UAAUACGUGUGUUUGUUUUAGGUUGUGUUUGUACAGAGCUAUAUUGUGACAAUGUCGUUUCUAAACAGCAAAUCAGGAGAUAAUAUGGAGGAGAAAAUACUCCUUCCAUACACUCACAUCAAAAAUCUACCAACAAAAGAGUGGUGUAGGAACAUGCAAACCUCAUUUAAUCAUUGGCUGCGCGUGCCUCAGGAUAAGUUGGAAGAAGUCAUCAACAUUACUGAGAUGUUUUACAUCUGUACCGUAAUUGAGGAUGACAUUCUGGACGGCACUAAGUUGCGCCGCGGUGUUCCGACAGCUCAUUCCACGUUCGGGCUCCCACUUACAGUCAACUCAAUCUCUCACUUGCAAUUACUGAUUCUGCAACGUUGCAUGCGGCUGCAUCCAAAGGCUGCCAUGAUCUUUUCCGAGGAAGCCUUAGAGUUGUUCAGGGGGCAAGGAGCGGAGGUAUAUACGCGGGAUAAUUUUAUCUGUCCCACCGAAGAGGAGUACAUGACGAUGCAGGAAAAAAAAUUGCGUGGCAUAUAUUAUUUCUGCUUCCGUUUGAUGCAACUGUUCAGUGACCAGAAGACAGAUUAUUCUGACUUUGUAGUAAAGUUAAGCAUGUAUUUUCAAGUGAGAGAUGAUUACUGCAAUAUCUGUAAGCCAAAGGCUUUACAAGAAUGUUCACCAGCUACCAAUGAGAGUUCUGGAGAUUUCUAUGACGAUCUAACAGAGGGCAAGUUCACACUGCCGAUUAUUCAUGCUACCAAGACGUCGAAACGUGACGCUAUAUUGAAUAUAUUAAAGCAAAAGACCAACGACUUUACGCUGAAGCAGUACUGCGUGUCUCUGUUGGAACAAGCCGGCAGUCUGCAGUACACUCGGGAUGUCUUGACCAAGCUCGACUCCGAAUUGCGAGAUGAGAUAAAGAAGUUUGGAGGUAAUCCUCCUCUGGAAGCUGUUUUGGACGACCUUCUUUCCUGGCGAGACACAUAAUUUAUAUUAUAAUAUAUAUAUUUACAUAUACAUAUAUAGAUGGCGUGGUAGUGGCGUGGUAAUUUAGAUGUAGUUGGAAAAUAAUAUUUAGAGGGGCAGCGAGAUAUUUAAAUAAUUUUAAAAAUUGUUUUAAAAUUUGUUUAUUGUAUGGUUUAAUAAAAUAUUAAAAGUA